GUCGGAUCGCGGGGCCCAUGGUAGGAAUUGUUUCUUCUUCUUCAUUAGGUAACAGCAGUAGCAAUUCCUUGGACAAUUCAAGUGGAAGUAAGACCGGGAAUGGCAUCAAUCCAGCUGCCAUCGUCCUCCCCGUCAUCUUCGGGGUCAUGCUGCUGGGUUUGACUGGGUGGUAUCUGCUUAUGAAGAGGUGGGAUCCGGGUUUCAGUCUUAGGACUCUGGUUACGGUUGGAAAGGGGAAGAAGAAUAAGGUUCCGGCGGUGGCAAGUAGUUGGGUGGGCAUGAGGGAUGUCGGUGCUGGGACUGGGACUGGGGUUGGAGCCGGAGCUGUCUCGGGGUUGUACGCGAAGCCGAAGGAUGGGAGGAAUGUGUUUAGGGAUGAGAUGAGGAGGCAGGAUAAGGAGAAUCAAGGUUAGAAUGAUUUUGUCGACGGUUCAUGAGGUCUUGUUUAUGCUGAAGCUAUGGGGUGGGAACCGGCGUUUGGGGGAGAUUUUGGUUUACUAAAUUGGAUGUGCGGAAUAAUGGACGCCCUGAAGGGCUGGUACGAGCACACGGGGUGUUGUGCGUCACUGACUCAGACACAAAA